AUGACGAUAUUUGUGGAGAAAGGGAAGGAUUGGGAUCAACGUUACGCUAGUGAUCAUAUGGAAAUCGGUGCAGAUCGGAUGAUUCAAAAAGUUCCUGAAACAGUCGUUUCCCGGAAGUGCAACCUUGACGAACCCAAAAAAUCCCCAAAAAAGCUUGUUGCCGUUCGAUACGUCAAUGCAACUCAUAAUGACCGCGCUUCCAGCGUUGUCAAUGAAUUCGGUCACGGCAACGGUAGCUUUUUCACGGCUUACUUCAACGUUGUAUGUGUCGUUGCCGGUACCGGUACUCUCGGUCUUCCCAAGGCUUUCGCCGAUGGUGGUUGGCUUGGUAUCCUUAUUUUAAUCCUCGCUUACGCCAUGGCUGUAUACAGUGGUAUCGUGUUGAUCCGCUGUCUUUACUGCAAACCCGGUGAACGUCUCCAUGACUACAAAGCCAUCGGUACCGCGGCAUUUGGCUGGGUGGGCUACAUUAUCGCUUCUGCUCUCCAUUUCCUCAAUCUUUUUGGUUGUCCCGCUUUGUAUCUCGUGCUUGCCGCAGGCAAUAUGCAUGCGCUUUUGCAGAACACUGCCGGCGCGCUCGAUCCCACCAAAUGGACCAUUAUCUGGGCUGCAUUUUUGUUGAUUCCUUCGUUGACGAUGAAGACGUUGAAGGAAGUUACCAGCAUUGCUGCGGUUGGUGCCAUCUGUACCAUGAUGGCCGUGUUUGUCGUUCUCAUUCAGGCACCCAUGGACCACAACAGUAACCCCAAGCCUGAAUAUGCCACCACUGGUGUCAUCUGGACUGGUUUCCCUUCUUCUUUAGCUACAAUUGCCUUCUCCUUCGGUGGUAACAAUACCUAUCCUCACGUCGAACACGCCUUAAAGAAGCCUCACCAGUGGAAAUGGGCCAUCGUUGCCGGUCUUAGCACGUGUACAUGUCUCUAUUUCCUUACCGCCAUUCCUGGCUACUGGUCUUAUGGUGGUGCCACCAAGUCUCCCAUCUACAACUCGCUUCCCGACGGUGCCGGCAAGACUUUGUCCAUGAUCGUCAUGACGAUUCACGUUAUCUUUGCCAUUCCCAUUUACUCGACUUCGUUCUCCCUUGAAUUCGAAAAAUUCAUUCGUGCCGACGAAGAACGUAUCGGUCGUUUCGGAGCUUGGCUCGCACGUGCCAUCAUCCGUACGUGCACCAUGGUUAUUUUGGCCAUCUUGGCUAUUUUCAUUCCUUACUUCGACGAUUUCAUGGGUCUCAUUGGUGCCCUUGCCAACUGUGGUCUCGUUUUCUUGCUUCCCAUCAUCUGUUACCUCAAGCUUACCGGUGUUCGCAACAAGCCCUUCUAUGAAUUGGGCUUCUGUGCUCUUACCAUCUUCCUGGGUAUCAUUGGUUGCGUCUUUGGUACCAAGGAUGCCGUCCAAAACCUUAUCAGAGACUUCCAGGGUGGUCAUGAAUAAGUUGGGAUGCCUCUUCUCUCAUUCUCACCAAACCAUUUUUAUACCUACACUUGCUUCCAACCAUUUUAAUCAAAUGUUUUGUUUCAUUUUCUUCCCCUUUACCAUGUUCUUUUUUCUUCCUCCUUCUUUCCUUCUGGCAUUCAUAAUUUUGAUUUCUGAUAUCCCAAGUUAAAAUUUUGUGAGCUGGCAUUCACAUAUUCUGAAAUUUGUAAAAGAUGUAUAUAAAUAAACUGUAUAUUAAAAUCUUUGGGAGUUAUGCACGUUAAAUCAUGUGCACGGUUUCUGAUUAGCUAAAAAGCAAAAACAAUACAUUUGAUUGGGCACAACUGUG